AUGUACCUCAUUCUAGUUCUUGUCACUGGCGGAGAAGAUCACAAGGUCAAUCUCUGGGCCAUUGGGAAACCCAAUGCCAUACUGAGUUUGUCUGGACACACCAGUGGAAUUGAUUCGGUAAGCUUUGAUUCUUCAGAGGUCUUAGUAGCUGCAGGAGCUGCAAGUGGCACAAUUAAGCUUUGGGAUUUAGAAGAGGCAAAGAUUGUUCGCACACUUACUGGUCACAGAUCCAAUUGUAUAUCUGUGGACUUCCAUCCUUUUGGGGAGUUCUUUGCAUCUGGCUCGCUGGACACAAAUCUCAAAAUAUGGGAUAUCAGGAAGAAGGGGUGUAUUCACACAUACAAAGGCCAUACUCGAGGAGUCAACGCUAUCAGAUUUACACCGGAUGGCCGUUGGGUUGUUUCUGGUGGAGAGGACAACACUGUGAAGUUGUGGGAUCUGACUGCUGGUAAGCUGCUGCAUGAUUUCAAGUGUCAUGAGGGCCAGAUUCAGUGCAUAGAUUUUCAUCCCCACGAGUUUCUGCUAGCUACAGGUUCAGCUGAUAGGACAGUCAAAUUUUGGGACCUCGAAACCUUUGAGUUAAUUGGCUCAUCUGGACCUGAGACAACUGGAGUGCGUUCUUUGACUUUUAGUCCUGAUGGGAGAGCCCUACUCUGUGGAUUGCAUGAAAGUUUAAAGGUUUUCUCGUGGGAGCCAAUAAGAUGCCAUGAUGCCGUGGAUGUUGGAUGGUCUCGAUUGUCAGAUCUUAAUGUUCAUGAGGGAAAGCUUCUUGGAUGCUCAUACAAUCAGAGUUGUGUUGGAGUGUGGGUUGUAGACAUCUCGCGCAUAGAACCGUAUGCAAUUGGUAAUGCUAGCAGAUUGAAUGGGCACACAGAAUCUAAACCGUUGUCUGGCGGGAAUCUGUCAUUACUCAAUGAGAAUGCUGCUAAAAGUUUGGGUCGGCUAUCUGUUUCCCAAUGUUCAGAUUCUUUAGUGAAGGAAACAAAAUCUCUUGGAAGGUUAUCAGUUUCUCAAAAUUCAGAUCCCACUAAGGAGCCAAAAGUUAUUGCAUCCACAGGAAAUGUUCCUGGUACUCCUCAAAGGAUCAAUUUGAACUCCAGUCCAAAAACCAUUGCUGCUAGUUCAGCAGCAGUUCCUAGUGCAACAACCCUGAAGAGGAGUUCUACUAAGAUCAAUUCAACAGCCAAUCUUCAAACUUUUAACAAGUCUGAUGUCAUACCUGUAAUUGUACCGAGAACUAGUAUAAGAUCAGAGUUGCCAGCUGAGUCCAGAAAAGAGGCCGGUGGAUCUGGGAGAACACUGGCAUUUUCUUUGCAGUCAAAGGCAACUGAUUUCCGGAAGUUGUCCAAUAGCAGAGAAGAAGUGGAUAAGCCAACUGUCUCGUCAGUGUCUGAUUCCGCUGCUUCUAAGGCUACUGAGUUAAGCAAUGCUGCAGAUAAGAAUGGUUUCUCAACAGUUAUAAGUUCAACCCAGGGAAUACAUACUGCUGAAAGGAACACAAAGGAUGACAGAUAUUUUGGACCUGGGAAGCAUGAGACAAGUUCAAUGAUGGAGGCAACUGCGAGCCACCAGCAUGAAAGUUAUGAAACUCGAGGGCACAAGGUGAGCAGAGAUGCAUACUCUGCUGAAGGUCAAAGAGGAGGAAGAAUGCGCUCACUUGCUGUUAAUUGGGAGAAAAGAGAUAGAUAUUCUAACUACGAGGGACCUACGCCCAAUAGUACCCUGGGAACAGCAUCUGAGUUUAAGCAGCGAGGUUAUCCUACAUCUACUGAAAAAGAAUUGGUGUCCGCUAGUGAUGAGGAUGCUAUUGCAGAUCUCAUGGAAAAACAUGACCAAUUUGUUGGCUCCAUGCAAUCUCGUUCAACCAAAUUACAGGUAGUCUAUAGAUAUUGGGAAAGGAAUGAUGUUAAGGGGGUCAUUGGUGCAAUGGAGAAGAUGGCUGAUCAUGCUGUCAUUGCGGAUGUAGUUAGCAUUAUGACAGAAAAAAUUGACAUUGUCACACUGGAUAUAUGCACUUGUCUUCUGCCACUCCUCAAUGGCCUUCUAGAAAGUAACUUGGAUAGGCAUUUAGGCAUUUCUUUGGAAAUGCUGCUCAAGCUGGUUAGAGUAUUUGGUUCUGUGAUCUAUUCAACAUUAUCCGCAUCAUCAUCUGUUGGUGUUGAUAUUGAAGCCGAGCAAAGGCUGGAGCGUUGCAACAACUGUUUUAUGGAGCUUGAAAAAGUCAAAACCUGUUUGUCUGCUCUUACCAGAAGAGGAGGAUCAAUUGCGAAGUCUGCACAAGAGUUGAAUCUAGCACUUCAGGAAGUUUCAUGA